CUUUGUGCGCUCCAAUAUGGCGGGCCUGUGGAUGUGGCCGCUGCUGUGGGCGGCGGUGAUGGCUCUGCUGGUUUUGCUGCUGUGGCGGCGGCGGGGGGGCGGCAAGGGCCGGGUGUGCGUGGCCGUGCUGGGGGACGUGGGUCGCAGCCCGCGGAUGCAGUACCACGCGUUGUCGCUGGCCCGGCACGGGCACGAGAGACCCGGCCGCACCAGGACGUGCUGCACAGCGAGAACAUCCGGCUGGUGCCCGUGGCGGAGCUGCGCAGGCUGCGAGGAGCCACUGGACCUAAACACCUGCCCGUACAUUGGUGCUGUUCACGUGCAGAGUGAAAUGUGGAAAUUAUUGGGUCCAAAGCUUUUCCAGUAUGUCCUGAAGGUGCUGGUGCAGUCAGUGCAGUUACUGUAUACAUUGCUGAGGAUAGAUCAGCCAUCCUAUAUUCUUCUUCAGAAUCCCCCAGGCUUACCCAGUAUAGCUGUUGCCUGGGUGGCAGGGCUGUGGUGGGGGAGCAAACUCAUCAUUGAUUGGCACAACUAUGGAUACACCAUCAUGAGCCUGAGUCACGGGAGGAGCCACCCACUGGUCCUGGUUGCAAAAUGGUAUGAAAAGCUUUUUGGGCGCUUGUCUGACUAUAACCUGUGUGUCACUGAUGCCAUGAGAAAAGAUCUCUGGGUGAAUUUCAAGAUAAAGGCUGUAACAUUGUAUGACAAACCAGCAUCUUAUUUUAAGGAAACACCAUUCGACCUCCAACACAACUUGUACAUGAAACUUGCCAAGGACUAUGAGCCUUUCAAACCACGAGCUGUCAAUGCCAGUGCUGACAGAUCAGCCUUCACGGAGAGGGAUGGCAAAAGUGGGGAUGUGCUGAAGGCCAGGGGCCGGCCAGCCCUCCUCGUCAGCAGCACCAGCUGGACAGAGGAUGAAGACUUCUCAGUCCUUCUAAGAGCUUUAGAAGAUUAUGAGAGGUUUAUCAAGGAGGGAGCCAAGCUUCCAGCUUUAGUGUGUGUGAUAACAGGUAAAGGACCUCUGAAGGAUUACUACAAUGGACUGAUCCAAAAACUGGACUUGAAGCAUAUCCAGAUCUGUACACCAUGGCUGGAAGCUGAGGAUUACCCUCUCCUGCUUGGCUCAGCAGACCUGGGGGUGUGUCUCCAUAAAUCCUCCAGUGGUUUGGAUUUGCCCAUGAAGGUGGUGGAUAUGUUUGGCUGCUGUUUACCUGUGUGUGCAAUACAUUUUGAAUGUUUACAUGAACUGGUGAAACACAAUGAGAAUGGUCUGAUAUUCAGGGACUCACAGGAACUUGCAGAGCAACUGAAGAUGCUUUUCUGGGAUUUCCCUACCCUGGAAGGGAAACUUCACCGCUUCCGAGAGAACCUGCGAGCGUUCCGGCAACUGCGCUGGGACCAGAGCUGGGACCAGAUUGUCCUUCCCUUGCUGGGGAACAAGGAAUGACUGGGGGAAAGGAGGGUGUCAAACACAUUCCUGCAGCUACAGAGAUUUGGCACACAGACAAAUGCUGCCCGACAGGAGAAUGAUCAAUGGAUGAUGGAAAGUUUGAGAGCAGAGGUGCUUAGUCCUUGCUCUUUGCAGGAUACCUGGAGCACUGCUAUGCAGAGUGAUUCCUUUUUCAUUCCAAGCAGCCACCGUGGAAGUGGCAGUCCUCAUGUGAGAGAAAUGGACAUCAAUUCUGACUUGUCAUCACUGCAGAGUAAAGAUGCACCUGGUUUACAGCAGAAGCACCCUGGGACACACCUACAGGUAUUGGUCACUGUUUUAUUGGGGGGGUUUAAGCUAACCCAAAUUGCAAGUACAUACAGACAUAAAAGACCAGAA